GUCCCCCUCAAAAAUGAUUCCAGUCGUCCUCUUCGCUCUUUUCGCCGGGGCCUUCAGUGCCAGCGUCAGCGAUGCCAACCGCUACAUCGACCAGGUGCUCGGUUACCAAAUGGCCGAUCUCAUGCGUCGAAACAGGCUGGAUCCACUCGCAGUGGCUCCUUACUUCACCAACCUGGGCAAGCCUGGCACUCUAAGCGCACAGAUGCGCAUCGUCAACGUCACCGGUCUGGGGCAGAUCCGGCGUCAAGGCGACUGCGGCCGGCCCGGAUCAUCUGGACCCGGUCGAGUCACCGUCGGCUGCAACGUCGUCCUCGACCGCAUUACCGUGAGCGCCACUUCCGACUUGAGUUACGCGGGCAGCGCCACCCGGCGCGUUGGAACUCGGGCUGACUUUGCCACCAACCACGCGCUGGUCGAGGUGACGUCCACGCUUGGCGGCCAGCCCACGGUCAACUUCAGGUUGCUCAGGCCACCCACCGCUCGUGUUUACUUCACCGGACUCAGGGACUUGCCCCUGUACCAGGUCAUUGAGAAGGGCUACGAGCAAGAGUUCUCUCGUCUCCUUCAGACACAGCUCUCGGGGCCCUACCUCACCAACCUUGGUCACGCCUGCCGGGCCGUCCCCUUCCCACGUUAGCGUAUCUUCACUUGCUGCUGCCCAUGAAUAAAACA